UCCACUUUCAUGUUCUUAUGUUGUUAAUGGGCGUUCGUUCUUGCAAGAAAUUUAUCCUUGCAAACAAGUCAUGGAACGUUCGCCAAAAAAUAUGAGGAUCAUCUUCUCUGAGAUUGUUCUUUUCUUGUUUCUCCUACUAAUCAAGAGUUUUGCGAACUCGCAAUUUGUGUACAAUGAUGGAUUUGGAGGUGAUAUACUGAUGAUGGAUGGUGAGGCUCAUGUCACAGAGAACGGCCUCUUGCAGUUAACCGAUCAAAAUGAUAUUGAUAAGCAAGGUCAUGCCUUCUAUUCGAAACCGCUACAGCUCAAGGGUAAUGUUUCUUUCUCUACAACUUUUGUCAUUGGAAUAGUAGUAUCUGGAUUGGAUAAAUUAAGCGGUCAGAGAAUGGCUUUUAUUAUUGCGCCUCAAAGAAGUCUACCGGGAACUUUAUCAAGCCAAUUUCCAGGCAAAGGUGCCCAUGACACCAACAAUGGAAAUUCCGCAAACGAUGUCCUCGCAGUGGAGCUUGACACGAUCAAAGAUCCCCGUCUGAGAAUUGAAAUCAACGGUACGUCUGUUAAAUCCACUUCUUCUAUUUACUUCACCAAUGGGGAAAAAAAGAAACAGCCUCUAAGUCUUGACAAGGAACAGAUACAAGUUUGGGUAGAGUAUGAUGCGAUAAACAACAAAAUUAAUGUCACCUUAGCUCCAUUUAAUGUAUCAAAACCAGAUGUUCCACUCUUUUCGUUGAAAAGAAAUCUCUCAGAUAUUUUCUUAGAGCCCAUGUACAUUGGAUUCUCAGCCUCAACCCAAUCUGUGUUAACAUCUCAUUACGUAUUAGGGUGGAGUUUUGAGAUUAAUGGUACAGCUCAAGACCUAAACCUUUCAAGCCUUCCUAAGCUUCCUCGGCCUCCUACAUCUCCUGGAUCUCCUCCUUCCCCUUCACUUUCUCCUUCGCCUUCUCCUUCUCCUCCUCCCAAACCUUCUAAGAACAACAACAUCGCAAUAAUUGUCUCCGCAAUAAUUGGCUCAAUUGUAGUUCUGGCAUUAUUGGUGAUUUUCGGCCUCUAUUAUAUGCGAAAACAGAAAACAAAAAACGUCCCAGUAGUUUCACCAUCACCUCAACCAGCAUCAGAGGUUCAAAAGUUUUCGUAUAGUGAGCUGGAAGAGGCUACAAGUGUGUUCAGCGAACAAAUUGGGGAAGGUGCCUCUGGUACCGUUUACAGAGGUAUAUUACCGAAUUCUGAAUCGCAAGUUGCUGUCAAGAAAGUCCCUGGUGAUGCAAAAUAUGGAUCGAGGGAGUUCACAGCGGAGAUCGGGAGUCUGGGUAAGCUUCGCCACCAAAACUUGGUAUUCCUACAUGGCUACUGUGAACACGAAGGACAGCUGCUUUUGGUUUAUGAUUACAUGCCCAAUGGAAGUGUAGACAUGUUUCUCUAUCCGAAACGGAAUCCGCUAUAUUGCACGUUUAUUUGGAGUCAGAGAUUUCAAAUCAUAAAAGAUGUUGCAAAUGGAUUGUAUUAUCUGCAUAAAGGGUUGAAACAAGUUGUGAUCCACAGAGACAUUAAAUCCAGCAAUGUCUUUUUGGAUGAUAAGAUGAAUGCAAGGUUGGGCGAUUUUGGUCAUGCAAAACUGUCUGAUCAUGGAGCGGAUAGUGCUCCAACUUCGAGAGUAGUUGGAUAUGUUGCACCAGAAAUGCAAUAUGGAAUGCCAUCGACUCAGACAGAUGUGUACGCAUUUGGGGCUUUCAUGCUUGAAAUUGCUAGCGGAAGAAGACCUCAUUUAGUGGCUGAACGGGGUCUGCAUCUUGUUGAUUGGGUGUCGUCUUCUAUGAAGGAUGAUGCAAUUCUUAAUACUGCUGAUAAGAGGUUAAGAGGUGAAUAUGCAGAAGACGAAAUGCUUUUGGUGUUAAAGCUUGGGUUACUAUGUUGCCGUUUUCAACCCACUGCUAGGCCAACCAUCCAAAAAAUCGUCCAACAUUUGAAUGGAGAUGCUGCUGAAGCCGAUUUACGCGCCCUUAACACGGUGGAUGAAGCACCUGUCCGCUAUGUAGGGGGAGGAAAUACACCUCCUCGUUCUGGUACACAUGAUAUAUUCUUGGAAUGACCUAACUCUCUCUAGGCAAUCUGGAUCACCGUCAUCUGUCAACCAGGAUGGUCCGUCUGUGAAUUGAAAUGCAUUUACGCGUUAAGUUUGGGUUGAUGACAAUUUCCUAAGGUUGAUCUUUCUAUUUGGUUUUAAAAUGUUGUUCUUGAGUGUUCAAUUAUGCAAUUCAUACAAGUUCAAACACAAUUUUACUUUUGUACUUAUUACUAAU